UCCUUUUGUAUAGAGAAGGGCCGCGUUGAUGAAUUUUUCAGAGUUGUCGUGGGGGAACAACAGACUUUAAAAACCCUAAGCCUCAGGAGACAGAAGUACAAAGCGAAAGACAAAGAGAUGUUCUUCCACAUGGUAUUGGAGCGAAACAUGCAACUACACCCACGCUCCUUUGGACUUAACCUUCGUGAAAACCUCGUCUCCAAGCUCAUCAAAGACGUCGAGGGCAGUUGCAGUGGACGACAUGGGUUUGUAGUGGCGAUAACUGGAAUAGAAAGCGUAGGAAAAGGAUUGGUCCCUGAUGGUACUUCUUCUUCUGCUUUAGUCACCUUCCCCGUUAAGUACCAAUGCCUCCUUUUCAGACCUUUCAGAGGCGAGAUCUUGGAAGCCUUUGUCACUCUCGUCAAUAGGAUGGGAUUCUUCGCGGAAGCUGGCCCUGUUCAGAUUUUUGUGUCCAAACUUUUGAUACCAGACAGUAUGGAGUUUCAAGCUGGAGACAUGCCUAAUUAUACAACUUCAGAUGGAUCAGUUAAGAUUCAGAAAGAAUGUGAAGUGAGACUAAAGAUUAUUGGCACAAGAGUCGACGCCACUGAGAUUUUUUGCGUGGGCACCAUCAACGACGAUUUUUUGGCAGUCAUAAACGAUCCUGCACUCGCUGCAUAAGCAAAGUCCCAAGGACGGUUUCGAUUCUGGUCUUCCUUAAGAUGUUUUGUGAUAAAGUUGUAUGAUAGUCCCAUGGAUGUUGAUUUGGAUAUGUUUGUUCUGAAUAAUUGGAUCUUAUCGUAACCAAUACUUGUGGAUAGAUACUUGUGGGAUGUAAG